AUGAACUCGACAAGCGUUCUAGGCCACCGGGCAACCUCUGCUGAACUCUAUGCGUCCAGCGGAGUCGAAUUUUCCAAGCUAAGCUGGCUAGAAUCUAAUUGGGCUGCAUGGUACUUGUGGAUCGGAGACCCAGUGAUUGCAACAGGCUUAAUGUCUUUCCUUUUACAUGAGAUUGUAUAUUUUGGACGCUGUCUACCAUGGAUGAUCAUAGACGCAACGCCUUAUUUCCGGAGAUGGAAACUCCAACCAAACAAGAUACCAACCGUACAGGAGCAAUGGGAAUGCACCAAACUGGUCCUCUACUCUCAUUUUACAAUCGAACUUCCCCAGAUCUGGUUCUUCCACCCUAUCGCAUCGGCCUGCGGGAUGAACACCUGGCAAGUUCCGUUCCCAAACUGGCAAACUGCCGCACUCCAAGUCGCACUCUUUUUCGUCUUUGAGGACGCGUUCCAUUUUUUUGCGCACAGGGCACUACAUUAUGGACCUCUGUACAAGCAUAUACACAAGGUACAUCACAAGUACAGUGCGCCGUUUGGGUUGGCGGCAGAAUACGCCCACCCUGCCGAAGUGUUUAUUCUCGGUAUGGGCACUAUCGGGGGUCCGUUGUUGUAUUGCCUGGCGGGAUUCGAGUUGCACAUGGUUACCGUUUUGGUCUGGGUUACGUUGAAACUGUUCCAAGCUGUUGAUGCCCACAGUGGGUACGACUUUCCAUGGUCGUUGAACCGUAUCAUUCCCUUCUGGUCUGGUGCGGACCACCACGAUUUCCACCAUAUGGCGUUCGUCAACAAUUUCUCGACCUCUUUCAGAUGGCUUGAUCACUGGUUUGGUACAGAUGAUAAAUACCUCGCAUACAAGAAGCGUCUCGCGACUGUUGCAGCAAAAGAUCGGGCAGCGCUCGAGAAAAGGUUACUUGAGGAGGCUGAGAAAGAGGGUAUCUUGGCUGCAGACGAAGCUGAGAAGAAACGUUUGUUCUAA